CGUGGAGCUCCCUUUUAGUGUUAGUGGGAGAAAGCACUCUCUCUCUCUCUGUCUCUCUCUCUAAUUUCUUUUUUCUUUGUGUGUUCCUCUCUGUCUCUCUUUCUUUUUCUCCGAGACUCAAAACCCUAUUGCGUGUUUUGCAAUCGACCCUCCAAAAAUGGCGAACAGCAACCUCCCUCGAAGAAUCAUCAAGGAAACGCAGCGUUUGCUCAGUGAGCCAGCACCUGGAAUUAGUGCUUCGCCUUCGGAAGACAACAUGCGAUAUUUCAAUGUGAUGAUCCUUGGCCCUACUCAGUCACCCUAUGAAGGUGGAGUUUUCAAGUUAGAACUAUUUUUGCCAGAAGAAUAUCCAAUGGCUGCUCCAAAGGUUCGGUUUCUAACAAAAAUAUAUCAUCCAAACAUUGAUAAGCUUGGCAGGAUAUGUCUUGAUAUUCUGAAAGAUAAGUGGAGCCCUGCCCUUCAGAUACGCACUGUACUCUUGAGUAUCCAGGCUCUGUUGAGUGCACCAAACCCAGAUGAUCCACUAUCUGAGAACAUUGCCAAGCAUUGGAAAAGUAAUGAGGCCGAGGCUGUUGAAACUGCGAAGGAAUGGACUCGAUUAUAUGCUAGCGGUGCAUGAUUUACGUGGUGGAGACUUUCAGGCUGAAAUAACAAUAGUGCAAGUGUAAUGGUAGUAACUGCAAAUUUGAAAUGGGAACGCGGAGGAAUUGAUGUCUGAACUUAUUUUGGAGUUGAUGUUCCUCAUACAUAGUUUCCAGUUACCUGUUAAUUGCUUUCUUCCCCGGGUGGAAGCCUUUAUCUUGGAGCUUGUAUUAAUAUAAAUGUGAUCUUUUUAUCUGCCAAAAUUAAGAACACACUCCCAACUUCAACUGUUAAGUAAUUUGGAAUUGUUAAAGUCAAAAUCAAAAUCGAAACUUUUAAAUAA